UGGUGCCAGAAACCGUAAGUACAUGUAUUGAUUAGACGAUACUUCACCAGAGAAUCAUUCACAAAUUCAAAACAAAUAUAUAAAGAAUGUCGUAAUUCGAAAUUUUUAGCUUUAAAAUGCGAUUUAAAGACAACAACAUCGCCAAUUAAUGUUUUUUUCUUGUACCCUUUUCCAAAAAAGCUGCGAUUUCAAGGCGAACGUACCUCAAAAAGGUAUUUUUAAUCCAGAAAUGCAAAAAAAGCCUCGAAAAGUAUAGUAUUUUCUAUAGCAUUUCAUUGAUGAGUGGGAACGACCAAUAUGGCCGCCGCCUAUUUUCAUGGGGGAAACCGCUGAGAUUUUUGGCUUCAGUUUUGUAUUCCGAGAUGCGCUAUCUAGUGUAUAUGAGAUAUCUAUGACUCAUACUGUAGAUCGAUAAAAAGUAAUUCAUAAAUACCAUACCAUUUUGUAAGUAUAUACCCAACGUCCCAAUACUUUUUCAUAGGAUUAAUAUUAUAUCCUUCGAUUUAUAUUGUUUGAUUUCGCAUUCCAAAUUUGAUAAACAUUGAUAAUUCUCUCUUCGCGUAUUAUCAUGCGUAAUUCUCGCAAAAAAACACGCAUUAAUUGUGUCGGCAGUAUUGAUGAUCACGGCAGCCAAUCAAAUAACAAUUUCGAUUCGAUUUCCCCAGAGUCAUGCCACUACCUAAGCCGCGAACAGGCAUACUCUGGGAACGAGAUUGUUCAAGACCCAAGAUAAAUACUGUUGUCCAGUUAUUGGACACUAGAACAAGAUAAAGUUUGCUUUUUUUAUUAACUGAUAUCGUUUAACAUUGUAAUAAAAUCCUUUUGAUUUUGAACAAAUUCAUUGUAAUCCAUUGAACAAAUGUAUUGUAAUCCAUCAGGGGCAAGUUUACAAAGCCGGAUUAGUGCUAACCUUUGUUAAAAUUUAACCUGCUAUGCAGGUCUAUUUAUUUCAAAACAUCAGAGAAGAAAACAUCUACUGAUCCAAACAAUAUAUCUGAAGAAAUAUUUCCAAAUUUAUAAACCAACUGUUAGGAAGCUUGAGAAAGCUUUGGAUGGAGAUUGAGGGAUUCAACUACAUGAAAAAUACAAGCAAAAAGUUGACAUUUUAUUUCAAGUGAAGGCCAUCAUUGACUAACUUCCAUACAAACUCAAGGGCCUUCAAUUGAAAUGUCAAAGUUAUACAUCAAUAUUUUCUUCAGAUAGUUUAAUCUCUCUAUAUUUGAAGCAUGUUAUCAUCACUACCAACAUUGGUACAAAAUUAUGAUGAUGAUUGAUUCGAAUUUUACUAUUUAUGUUGUUAACCCAGGGUAAGCAAUUUGGCUUUUGAACAACCGGCCCCAGGUUUCAACAACUUUGUUUUACUUUUAUAAUAUUUGUUUUUCCUUCUGGGCUGGUAUCUCAACUUGAAUCCCAUUUAAUCUGUACCCACUCCCAUAUGGACCCAAAUUUAUGAGGGGAUGCUGGACCCUUAGCUUGGUUAACCCUUUAAGUGGCAAUGCGCCCUACUUUAUUAUUUUACUCUGUCUAAUGCCAGAUGAUUUUACUUGUCAGGGGGAGAGUGCUACCACUCAAUAAGUUAAUCAGACAAUUUUACUCAUCAGGGGGGGGGGACAGUGCUGCCAUUCAAUGGGUUAAGACACAAAUUAACUGAUUUCCAAUGUUUUAUUUGAAUUGGCAAAAUUUCUCACUAAUCCUGCUCACAAUGUAUGUUCUUUUUACAAGAAUUUGCCCUUUACCAGUAACAAUGUAUUAUUUUGACAUUUGGGCUGACCAAGCAGAGUCACCCGAUUAGCGCGUUUGACGCCGGCUGACAGCCGGAAAUUUUGUCUCCGAUUGCUCGGCUGCUAGCCGGGCUGUACUAUAGUAUACUAUUCGUUCAAAAAAUGUGCGCAUUUCGGAGACUGGUUCUAGAAUGUUUCAUAAACAAAAAACCACCAAAAUUACAUUAAAUUUUCCGAAAAUCAUCGAAAUGCAUCUAAAUUCAUCUUCCCAAUGCAUAUAGCUACAAUCCUAGCAAAAAUUAUGUGGACACCUAACUUUUCUAACGUCAAUAUUAACAUUGAGACGUUCUUUCAUGAAAUUUGUCGCCCCCUACCCCCUAUUCAAUGUUGUUUCGCGCAUUUAAAUUUGAAAAGUUUCAUUUACCAACAUUGAAUUGGGGGAAGGAGGGGGAGAAAUUUUCUGGGGAUUAAUUCUGUAGAAAUACAUCUAUUUUUGUUUGACGCACGCGGUGUCCACAAUAAUUUUUGCCAGGAUUGUCUGAAAUUAUCACAUAUUUCAAACCGUCCGAUUUCAUGAAUUUAAGGCUCGAUCCAAUGAGAAAAUAGGCUUGUUUGUUUAGCAAAACGGGCAAACAAUCAGUAAAUCAGGUUAUAUUUAGUUUUUUUUACCCUCCGAUCUAUGUCAAGUGUCACCUAUCACAUUACAUGUCAAGUGGCUUUUUACGUAUUAUCUGAAUUUAUACAAUCACAACUUAGUCUGCAACUCUACAAAGGAAUAUUUUCGUAUAACAAAUUAUUGAACAUUGUAAAGAACGACGAUGUCUUAGUACUUAGUCAAACCUGAGUGCAAAAUUUUAAGCCAAAAAAUGCGAGGUUUGUUUACCUCAUAUAACUUACAGGCAAGCAGAUCUAUCUUUAGUUCCUGAGCGUGAAUCAUUCGCAUUAUCGAUUUAUUGGUAAUACAUGCAUUUCAAAAUGCAGAUCCUUUGUUAGCCUGCAACAUUUUGCCAUGAGUUUGCAGCAAGGAGCAUCAUAUUCCUGUGUAUUUAUACAAUAUAACUGUAUAACUGUUAUUUUAGUGUGUACGCAUCCGAAGCGCUCACUAUUUUCAGAUUUUUUAUAACAAACGCAGCCCAACAGUGACUGUAGAGCGCCUUUAAUCUAACAGUGACGUCACACGGUAGACGGCUGUGUAGCGUAGUGAUUAAAAUAUUUAAGCUAUGUAUCCUUUACUAUACGCUACACAGCCGUGUACCGUGUGACGUCACUGUUAGAUUAGAGAACGCUCUACAGUCGCUGUUGGGCUGCGUUUGUUAUAAAAAAUCUGAAAAUAGUGAGCGUUGCGGAUGCGUAUACACUAAAAUAACCCUAUAGUCUGUUAUAUUUGGUGUGAAUUUGGUAAUGCAAAUUAAAUAUUUUUGUUGAAAACUCGUGUUACUGCGUCUGCAUAAUUAGUUCAGCAAAGCAUAUAUCAUGGCCAAAAGCUUCUCACCCACAAAAUUAUAAAUAUGCUUUAAAAAAAAAUAAACCAGUUUGAACAAUCUGUCUGUUAUCCUAAAGCAAUGGCAACAUCAAAAAUUUGUUGUAAGACGCCUGCUUUGGGUGAAAAUUAUCGAUAUUUUUUUCAGACAAUCCUGGCAAAAAUUAUGUGGACACCUAACUUUUCUAACGUCAAUAUUAACAUUGAGACGUUCUUUCAUGAAAUUUGUCGCCCCCUACCCCCUAUUCAAUGUUGUUUCGCACAUUUAAAUUUGAAAAGUUUCAUUUACCAACAUUGAAUUGGGGGAAGGAGGGGGAGAAAUUUUCUGGGGAUUAAUUCUGUAGAAAUACAUCUAUUUUUGUUUGACGCACGCGGUGUCCACAAUAAUUUUUGCCAGGAUUGUAGCUAUGCGACAGGUAAAUAAACGAAAAAAAAAAAAUUUCGGCAAAAAGAAAAAUUCAAAUUUGUUUGCGCGCAUUCCGGGACCGAACUCAUGACCCUCAGCAUACACGCUGAGUGUUGUCCCCUUGCGCUACCACGUCUUACACGAAAAAUAUGUUAAUUAAUUGUAUAUAUACAGUUAUUCUUAGCCAGGGCGAUUUAUGAUUGUGUAAAUACGUACACCAUUGUACACGGCCAAGGUACGUACAGUAGCAGCUAGGCUUGGGCGGUUUACCGGUUUUUUCCGGUUUUAUUUUCAAACCGGUUUUUUCAGUUUAGCUUUUACAAAAACCGGAAAACCGUCAUUACCAAAUUGUUUACUGUCAACGCCCGAAACUCGAUCCUAAUUCCCAAAACAUGAUACUAAUUAAACACAAUUACAUGACACUAGAUACAAAUUAUAUUCUUUUUCCGUAAAGUCGGUAAGAACUAAAGAGGUACAAGUUUUCAAAUGCGUUCUUGACCCUUUUAUUUUAAAACCGAAGUCGUUUUAGGUUACCUUUACACAAUUUUGCGUUUUGACAUGUUCUGUUCGUUUGUGCUUAUGUCAAAAAAAUACCACAAUUCCUCCUCAUUCAGUUGAAAUACAAAUUAAAGGGAAAACCCGGUUUUACCGGUUUAGAAUCAGACGGUUUUUCGGUUUUGAUUUUAAGCAAAACCGCCCAAGCCUAGUAGCAGCCGAGCCGUAUCUACUCUUCCAAUACAUCACGGCAUAGAUCACGGCUACCAGCUGGGGUUAUUUAAUUGUAAUACAAUACUACAAUGCUAUACGAGUGUCAGCCGAGCCUGUCGGUAGUAUACUAUAGUAUACUACAAUACAUCACAGCUACCAGCCGGCAAUAUGGCUAUCAGCCGGGCAUGUCUGUAGUAUACUAUAGAAUACUACAGAACAUCACGGCUACCAGCCGGGGUUAUUUAACUGUAAUAAAAUACUACAAUGCAAUACGAGUGUCAGCCGAGCCUGUCGGUAGUAUACUACAAAACAUCGCGGCUACCAGCCGGCAAUACGGCUAUCAGCCGGGCGUGUCUGUAAUAUACUAUAGUAUACUACAGACACGCCCGCCUGAUAGCCGCAUUGCCGGCUGGUCCCGGAUGUAUUGUAGUAUACUAUAGUAUACUACAGACAGGCCCGGCUGAUAGCUGUAUUGUCGGCUGGUAGCCGUGAUUAUCGUAGUAUACUACAGUAUACUACCAAUACGGCUAUCAGCCGGCUAUACGGCUAUUAGCCGGGCGUGUCUGUAAUAUACUAUAGUAUACUACAGACACGCCCGGCUGAUAGCCGUAUUGCCGGCUGGUACCCGGAUGUAUUGUAGUAUACUAUAGUAUACUACAGACAGGCCCGGCUGAUAGCCGUAUUGUCGGCUGGUAGCCGUGAUGUAUUGUAGUAUACUAUAGUAUACUACCGACAGGCUCGGCUGACACUCGUAUUGCAUUGUAGUAUUGUAUUACAAUUAAAUAACCCCAGCUGGUAGCCGUGAUCUAUGCCGUGAUGUAUUGGAAGAGUAGAUACGGCUCGGCUGCUACUGUACGACCUUGGCCGUGUACAAUGGUGUACGUAUUUACGCCAUCAUAAAUCGCCCCGGCUAAGAAUAACUGUAUAUAUACAAUUAAUUAACAUAUUUUCCGUGUAAGACGUGGUAGCGCAAGGGGACAACACUCAGCGUGUAUGCUGAGGGUCGUGAGUUCGGUCCCGGAAUGCGCGCAAACGAAUUUGAAUUUUUCUUUUUGCCCAAAUUUUUUUUUCUCUCGUUUAUUUACCUGUCGCAUAGCUAGCUAUAUGCAUUGGGAAGAUGAAUUUAGAUGCAUUUCGAUGAUUUUCGGAAAAUUUAAUGUAAUUUUGGUGGUUUUUUGCUUAUGAAACAUUCUAGAACCAGUCUCCGAAAUGCGCGCAUUUUUUGAACGAAUAGUAUACUAUAGUACAGCCCGGCUGGCAGCCGAGCAAUCAGAGACAAAAUUUCCGGCUGUCAGCCGGCGUCAAACGCGCUAAUCGGGUGGCAGAGUAGGGCACAUUCAUAAGGGCUGACCAUUCUGGGGAGGGGCAACAAUUUUCUUUAUUUUCAUGUAAUAUUAAUUAAAUAACCUGAAUUUAAAUUGUUAUGUCCCAGCCUUUAUUCAAAUUUCCUUCAUUUGCUAAAUACUUGGGGGUCAUCUACAUUCCCAACUGCCCAAGUCUCAUAAGUGUAUAGGAAAGUCCAUCAAAUUAUCAAAUGAUCAAACAUAUCCUUCAAGCAGAUAGAGUCCAUUAAAAAAAUGUAAUUUGUCAUUAUUUGAAGGUUAUAAUUCACCACAAGUCAAUGUUUUACCUAUCUUUAUGUUACAGUAGCAUUGAUAAUUUGAUAUGUGCAAAACUUCUUUACAAUUGUGUUGACUCGUAUUCAAAUACUGUGACUUUGGAUGCUACUCAUAUAUUAAGACCAAUAUGGCACACCAUAUUUGUACUGGGCAGGCCCAGUCCAUAAGCCAACUGAGGUUUCUAAUUUCUAUAUAGAUAAUUCUGGUUGUUAGUUUUGCAAUUAUUUUUCUGCAUAGCAUUCUUUUGCACAAAUAAAUAGAUUAAUUGACAAUGAGCUAUUAAUAUUAAAUUGUAUUACUUUAUCAAUACUAUUUGUACUGUAUAAUUUUUUUAAAAUUUAAUUAUUAAAGCUGGGUGUGAACUUCGUGUUGCGUGUGAUUUUCUGCACACAAUAAAUAACAACAAUCUAAAAAUAGUUAUGAUAUUUAUAACACUGACAUAAGAAACGGCCAUAUUUAUAACUGUUUAUAUUUCAAGUAAAAGAUGGAUACUCCAAUAAAAAUAUCACAUCCACAUCAUGAUUGUUUCAUUUGUAAGAAAGAAAUUAUCGAUUCAAAAGACAAAACAAAAAUCUUUGGAAAAUCAAAACUUGAUUUACUGCUUUUAAUAACCCGUUCAACACAAAUAAAUCUUGACAAUUACAAAGAUCACAUUGAGUUGGCCAUUUGUUGCAUUUGUUAUAGACUAUUACUACAUUAUAAAAAUGCUCUGGAGAAACUAGAUACAAUUGAAAGUGAAAUUAGGAAGAGUUUCAACAGGUCCACUAAUGUUUCAGUCAAAAGAAUGAGCAAAGGUAUGGAAUGUGAGAACCCUCCAGCAAAAAAAGUAUUGAUGUUUCGAGAUGACGGUCUUGAUACACAAAUAGAAAUGCUAGGACCGGCUACGACCGCAACAUUAAACACGCAGUCCGUUCCUGUAACCUUGCAGCCAGUCAGUGAAGAAUGUAUGGUAUUUCUGAUACCACCAGUAGAGCACCAAAGGCAGAUGACUUCCACACCAAAUUCUUUAAAUAUUCCGCAAUCCACUCUCGAUAUUUCUCCACAUUCAGGAAAUGGCGAUCUUGCGGGAAAGUCCAAAAAUGUGCGUAUCAUUGUUCAAUAUCCAUCUAGAACAUUUAAAAAAGAACUAGUUGGUAAUUAUGCAGUUCUUGGAAAGGCACUUGUUCAUGAUGUUCCUGAAAGGCUCGCCAGGGCUUUGUUCAAAGAGGAAAAACUCUGCACUUGCAUUUUUAAAGAAAUGCAACGUUAUUUAAAGUCUGAAAUGAAAUGUUUAUGUUCUCGAAAAUAUCCUUCCAUGCUCAGAGUGAAAACUAAGGAAGAGCUCGUCAAUUUUGAUUUUAAAAAAUUAUGCUUAGAGUGGAAGAAAAAAGCCCCGCUUUUUUACACGUUUUUAAAGGCAAUUGCUUCACCAAAUAACACAGCUGUGGAGUGGCUUCCAAGUAUGGCUGUGGCAGGCUCGAUUCUCCUCAAGCAACGAAACUCACACGUGAGUGCGUGCGCAACGAUCCUUGGCAUUCUCCUGAAAUCAAGAUCAUUGGAGGUGAGAUCGUAACUGCAUUUCAUAAUAAAACUACUAUCCCUAGGUCUCAUAGUACGCGUCAUUUCACUAAUAUACACUUGGUGUUGUCACGGGGAAAUAAAAGGCGCGCACAUAGGACUAGGAACUAGUCCAGUUUGCGUGUCUACCUAGAGCACAGAUGAUAGAUAAUACCAGAUGAAUCACUCAGCCAAAAUUAUGUCCGCGAAUUUUUAUAAACAUGUGUUGGCCGCCAUUUUGACAGUAAGUGUAAUCCACGCCAUGAAACGUGAGCAAUCAUGCAUUUUGGCAAUAAGCGCCAUUUUGGCAGUGAGUGUCGCACGCGUCAUCUGGCGUGAUAGACUCGCGAAAAUCGCGGACACAAAAAUCAUAGGGAUAGAUACACAGUGAUUCAUCUGGUAUAGUCUAUCAUCUGUGCCUAGAGUAUGCCUGUUCGCAGGUUAGUUGGUCCAUGAUAGAAACAUAGCAGACAAUCCUGCUCAGCACCUAACCUGCGGACGGGCAUACUAUGUGUAUGAGAUUGGUCUGAGGCCGGUUGAAAAAACUUUAAUAAUAACUGUAAUAACUCUAAUAUUUUUAUUGUAUCCAUUCACUGUAAAUGGAUUGGGUGGCAAUUGGAUUUGUAGUUCUGUACCAUUGGAUGAUUCCAGACGCUCUUUCUAGCUGCGGUGUUGGAUUUCGUUCUUCUUGCCUUAAUCAAAAUUUGGUCUAUAGUUGGAAUCACCCAUUCCUGUCAUCGUAUUGUACGAUUGUUGCCUUGUAAUAUUGUGACAAACCUAUUAAGAGGCAAUUUUUUUCAAUUUCAUGUAUUUGCGAUGAAAAGUAUUCAAAACCGAACAUCUUUUUGGUGUACAUCUCAAAAUUGCUUUGUUUUAGCUUUAUUCUCUAGUUUAUACAGUUAGCUACCUUUUUAAAUGUAUUUGCCGGUUGAGAAACAUAAAAUAAUGGUAAAAUGGUAUUUUGUCAACUAAAAUACAAUUAUCAAUGACGCUUUAAAUGUGAUGCCAUAUUUACGGCAAUUAUAAGCCAAACUUGCUGAACUUCAGACAUCAUUUUCUCUUUGGCGUACCAUCUAAAAUCUCUUCAUUCUGGCAUUAUUUUACAGAUAAAUGACUGAACAUACUUUCUAAGUUUGUUUGCCGAUUGAGACACGUAUCGAAAAAUAAACAUUUUGGAUGAGUAGUCAUAACAGCAAGUGGUAGUUUUGAGCGCGUGUUACAUAACAUACAUAAAAAUCUCUUAAAAUAAACUAAAUUAAUUUCCACUAACUAUAGUUAAUAUUAGGUAACAUUAUCGAAACAGGAAGAAAUAGACUACGUUUUUCAAAAUGACGUCUUAAAGAAUUUUUGAAAAUUUUUCCCCCUCAAUGCCGAUCCAAAAUAUAAAAUCCAUUUAUAUAUAUCUAACCAUUUAUAACUCUCUUUCUCUUUUAAACAGGCAAAUCCGAAUUGCCUUGCUAAGUUCAAGGUGACUUGUUCUGCAGGAAGGAUUCGUAAGAAGCUUGAUGUGCUGGGGUAAAAUCAUGACCAGAAAGUUAUGGAACUGAAGAAACAGAUAUCAGAACAACAACAGAAUAUAUCAGAAAAUCAGGCGACAUCAUCUUGACCAGCGAUGUAACAAAGAGCACGUUUGUUCUACUUUGUGUGUUGAAAAAAAGAAUGAGCUAAUUAAAGAUUUGAAAGAAAGUAAGGUGCAUGCUCACGCAGGAUUUUCUAUCAUAUUUGAUAAUAUUGAUGGCAAAACAACAUGCAGACAUAUGGCAAAAGACAACCAGAAUUCCGAUUAUCACUGGGUGAACCAUAAGAUUGUCGUGAACAGAGUUUCUGGUAAUAUGCUUAAUCAGUCCCCAAUGAACGUCCUUAACAUGCCAAAUAUCAAGUUACUUCCAUCUGUGAAAGACCAAGCCAAGCAAUGACAAAAUUACAUAGUGCUCAUAUCCAGGAUACUGGUGCAACAUUUGGAAUCAUUUGAAAUGUUUAAAGAUGUUUGCAUUCAACAUAUUCCUCACAAAUAUUCCAAAGAGGCAGCCAAGAAAUCCGAAAGCGUGAGUGAGAUUAAAAAUUAAAGUAAUAUUGCUUAGAUAAUAUAAAUACGACCACAUUAUUUACUGUAUUUUUGUACAACAAUAAAAGACACAACCCUACUGCAUGGUACAACUAUAGUUAAUGAUCUUGACCUGAGCCAUAUGCAGCAAUAUGUAUAGAAAAACAAUCGCGUUCCCGUACCCCAUCAACAUACUACAUAUUCUCAAUAUAAAUUGUUGUAUAGUUGGGUAGAAUUUUAAGAAUACUUUGGUAUGGUAUUUUGCAAGCAUGGAUAUUUUGCAUUUGUAUAUAGUUUUUGUCACUGUUCUUGUUGUGCAACAUCCAUAAAAAUUUGGAUUAGUAACCGGUUUUCGUUUAAAGACCAAAAGUUGCAAAUACUGUAAGCUCACCAGCUCGUCACAUGUAAAUGGUAUGAUUAAAAAUUGAAGAACAAUUAUUUCGAAGAAUGAGUCCUAAGUAAUAUUAAUUAAUCUUUUCAGAUUCCAAUGGGCGUGCUGUUUAAAAAUGAAAAUGUUACAUCAGAAAUGAUUGAUAUAUUAAAGAAAUUCCAAACCUACAUACCAUCAAUGGCUGGAAAUAACGGGACAGUAUUCUUCAAUCAACUAUGUUCUGGAGAUCAACUAUCUGUCGAAAGAGCAGUAAAUUCAAUACAUUCUGUGGCUAAUGGAUACACAGCAGAAGAUCGAUUGGAACGAUUUAACGUACAACCUGGUGAUUGGCAUACUGGAGUUAAAAUUCUGGAGGUACAGUAACCAUAUAUUUGAUUAAAUAGGUACUGUACAGUAUGCCCAAAACCGGGAUGGAAGUAUGGCAUAUAAGUCAUCGUUCCCUUUCACUGCAACAAUAGUGUUUACAACACAAUUAUCAUAAUUGUCCGUUACGAUAUAUCGAUAAGUAUCUGUAUUUUUUAAAUAUUAAGUUAUUGAAUAUUUCAUCAUAAAUUUCGAGAGACCAAAAAUAUCAAUCAAGACAACAGCAAAUUUACCGUACAGUAGUUACCAUAAUCGUUCUACUGUCUUAAGCGAAAUUACAUUAGCAAAACUGUUUGAUUGCUUUUAGAUGUUAUUUCGCCAAUUUUAUUCGACCAGUUCUUCAAAGGAUGAAUGCACCAUGAUGGCAGAUAGGAAUUUGAUAAAAAGGCGCAAUGUUAAAGAUGAUCCUCAUGCAGCUUAUCGUGCAGACAGAGAUUUCUUAAUCCUGGAAGUAACGGCCAGGAUCAUUUGUGCAGCGUUUCAUGUACUUGGAAUGAACAACACGAAAGAUAAACCCCAACAGUUACAAAUACCAGAAACCAUUAAAGAUCAAAGUGAGAUGGAAAAGCAACAAAUUCUUCAUAAAGCUGCAGCUAAAAUAGUUGAUGAAAUUAUUGUUAAUGAACAAAUGAUGGACGCAACUAUCUCAAACCUAAUUUCAGAACAAGAGAAGCAAGCAUGCACUUAG